AUGGAGGCCGGCAACGGGCAGAUCCACCGCAGCGACGAGCGGGAGGAGAUGAAGCUCAUCAUCGACACAGAUCCCGGCAUCGAUGACAGCGUGGCGAUCAUGAUGGCGUUCCAGUUGCCGGGCGUACAAGUCCUAGGGCUCACCACCAUUUUCGGCAACUGCACCACGGAGCACGCCACACGCAACGCCUUGAUCCUGUGCGAGAAGGCAGGCCAUCCAGAGGUUCCAGUAGCAGAGGGCAGCCAUGAGCCUCUCAAGGGAGGAAAGCCAGAUGUUGCCGACUUUGUUCAUGGAUCUGAAGGCCUCGGGAAUAUAGAGCUUCCCGAUCCCACUAUCAAGAAAGUUGAGGAAAGCGCUGCUGAGUUCUUGGUGGAUAAAGUCUCGCAGUUUCCUGGAGAGGUCUCUGUGCUUGCCUUGGGUCCUCUGACAAACGUAGCAUUGGCCAUCAAGAAGGAUCCAUCCUUUGUGAAAAAUGUUAAGAAGAUUGUUGUGUUGGGUGGAUCAUUUUUUUCAGCUGGAAAUGCCACCCCUUCGGCUGAAGCAAAUAUCCACCACGACCCGGAGGCAGCCGAUAUAGUUUUCACUUCUGGGGCAGACAUCUACGUGGUUGGCCUCAACAUCACGACGCAAGUUAGCUUCAGAGAUAAGGAUCUCCUGGAGCUAAGAAACUCAAAAGGGAAGCACGCACAGUUCUUAUGCGACGUAUGCAAGUUCUACUUGGACUGGCACAUCAAGUCUUAUGGUGCUCCUGUGAUUUUCCUCCAUGAUCCGGUGAGCUUUGCCGCGCUAGUUCGUCCAGAGAUGUUCACGUUCAAGAAGGGUGUGGUGAGGGUGGAGACACAGGGCAUCUGCGUCGGGCAUACUUCCAUGGACAUGUUACUGAAGAAGUGGAAUUCAGAGAACCCGUGGACUGGCUACUCACCUAUUUCGGUCGCAUGGACGGUCGAUGUGCCCAAGGUGGUCGCGUUUGUGAAGGAGCUCGUCAUCAAACAGUGA